GGAAGUGGGCAGCAAGAGGGCGGGGUGGGUGGCGGAAAGGGAGGGCCGGGGGAAGUUAUUACAAGGAGCCCUCUUCCGGCACUAGGGAGCGGAAGUUGUGGCCCGGUUGUGUCAACCCCGGGGCUGUAGGCUGAGAGUGCGGCUGCGACAGUAACCAUGGGCGGGAAGAACAAGCAGCGGACGAAAGGGAACCUCAGGCCUUCAAACAGUGGUCGAGCUGCAGAACUCCUUGCCAAAGAACAGGGAACCGUGCCUGGAUUUAUUGGUUUUGGAACAUCUCAGAGUGACCUAGGCUAUGUUCCUGCUAUUCAAGGAGCUGAAGAAAUUGAUAGUCUUGUAGAUUCUGAUUUCCGAAUGGUGCUGCGGAAGCUUUCUAAGAAAGAUGUCACAACAAAAUUAAAAGCAAUGCAAGAAUUUGGAACCAUGUGUACAGAGAGAGACACAGAAGUUGUAAAAGGAGUUCUUCCAUAUUGGCCAAGAAUUUUCUGUAAAAUUUCACUUGAUCAUGACCGCCGGGUUCGAGAAGCCACACAGCAAGCUUUCGAAAAACUUAUCCUUAAAGUAAAGAAACAGUUGGCUCCCUAUUUAAAAAGUUUAAUGGGAUAUUGGCUAAUGGCUCAGUGUGAUACUUACACACCUGCUGCAUUUGCAGCAAAAGAUGCAUUUGAAGCGGCUUUCCCUCCAAGCAAGCAACCAGAAGCCAUAGCAUUUUGUAAGGAUGAAAUUACAAGUGUGCUGCAGGAUCAUCUUAUAAAAGAAACACCUGAUACACUCAGUGAUCCACAAACUGUUCCAGAGGAAGAAAGAGAAGCUAAAUUCUACCGGGUUGUAACUUGUUCCUUACUGGCAUUAAAGAAAUUGAUUUGCCUUUUACCUGAUAAUGAGCUUGAUUCUCUGGAGGAGAAAUUUAAGUCUCUUUUAUCACAGAAUAAAUUUUGGAAGUAUGGAAAACACAGUGUACCUCAGAUUCGCUCAGCUUAUUUUGAGUUAGUUUCUGCUUUGUGCCAGCGCAUUCCACAGUUGAUGAAAGAGGAAGCCUCCAAAGUGAGUCCAUCGGUCCUACUCAGCAUUGAUGACAGUGACCCAGUUGUCUGCCCAGCUCUCUGGGAAGCUGUGCUUUAUACCCUUACAACCGUUGAGGACUGUUGGCUUCAUGUAAAUGCAAAAAAAAGUGUUUUUCCCAAGCUGUCAGCUGUGGUUCGUGAAGGUGGUCGGGGUCUAGCUACUGUUAUAUAUCCUUAUCUUUUGCCAUUCAUCAGCAAACUCCCUCAGUCCAUUACAGAUCCAAAGUUGGAUUUCUUCAAAAAUUUCCUUACCUCUCUGGUUGCAGGGCUGUCAACAGAAAGAACGAAAACUAGCUUUUCAGAGAGCUCAGCAGUAAUAUCUGCUUUUUUUGAAUGUUUGCGUUUUAUAAUGCAGCAAAACUUAGGUGAGGAAGAGAUCGAACAGAUGCUCGUCAAUGAUCAGUUGAUCCCAUUUAUUGACGCUGUUCUCAGAGACUCAGAAUUGCAGCGUGGGGAGCUGUUUAACCAUUUAGCAGAAACUUUAAGUUCCUGGGAAGCCAAAGCAGACGUGGAAAAAGAUGAUAAAACAGCUCAGAAGUUGGAGAACAUACUGCUACAUUUCUGGGAAAGACUGUCAGAGAUCUGUGUCACGAAAAUCAACGAGCCAGAAGCUGAAGUUGAGUCCAUUCUGGGUGUAUCAAAUCUGCUACAGGUUCUUCAGAAGCCAAAGAGCUCACUGAAGUCAAAUAAAAAAAAAAAUGGUAAAGUUAGAUUUGCUGAUGAGAUACCCGAAACUACUAAAGAGAAUGAAAAAAGCGUAUCUUCAGAAGGAGAGAAGAAUGAAACCUUGGAAUUAAAGAAUGAACCGUCUCUCACUCCUAAUUCUUCAGACCUUUUGUCUCCUUUAAGGAAGAAACCUUUGGAAGACUUAAUCUGUAAACUCUCAGAGAUGAGUAUUAAUUAUGUCAAUGAACAAAAAUCAGAGCAACAUCUAAAGUUUCUUUCUACUAUACUUGACUCCUUUGCUUCAAGCCAAGUAUUUAAAAUACUUCUUGGUGAUGAAAAACAGAGUAUUGUCAAAGCCAAACCUCUUGAAAUAGCUAAACUUGCACAAAAAAAUCCUGCAGUGCAGUUUUUAUACCAGAAACUAAUAGGUUGGCUAAAUGAAGACCAAAAGAAGGAUGCUGAUUUUCUGAUAGACAUUUUGUACAGUGCCCUUCGUUGCUGUGACAGUGACAUUGAAAGAAAAGAUGUCUUGGAUGAUCUUACUGAGGUGGACCUGAAUUGCAAUUCGCUUCUUCAGAUUAUUAAAAAGGCAUGUUCUAGUUCAGAUAAACAUGCUUUAGUAACUCUUUGGCUGAAAGGCAAUGUCCUUGGAGAGAAAAUGGUAACCUUGGCAGAUUGUCUUUGUAAUAAGGACUUGAAAUCCAGACUAUCUUCGGAAUCUUACUUCUCAGAAAGAUGGACUCUUCUAAGCUUGGUAUUGUCUCAACAUGUUAAAAAUGAUUACUUGAUUGGAGAAGUAUAUGUUGAAAGAAUUAUUGUUAAACUUCAUGAAACUUUAUCCGAAACAAAGAAAUUGUCAGAAGCUGAAAAUAGUGACUCAUCAGUGUCUUUUAUCUGUGAUGUGGCCUAUAAUUAUUUCAGCUCAGCAAAAGGAUGCUUGCUAAUGCCAUCAUCUGAAGAUUUAUUAUUAACUCUCUUUCAGUUAUGUGCUCAGAGCACAGAAAAAACACAUUUGCCAGAUUUUCUUAUCUGUAAACUGAAAAACACUUGGCUCUCUGGUGUAAAUUUAUUGGUUCAUCAAACUGGCAGUACACAUAAAGAAAGUACCUUCCUACAUUUGUCUGCUCUGUGGCUGAAGAACCAAGUUCAGUCUUCGUCUUUGGAUAUCAAAAGUCUUCAAGUCCUCUUGUCUGCUGUUGAUGAUUUGCUAAAUGCACUUUUGGAGAGUGAGGAUUCUUAUCUUCUGAGAGUUUACAUUGGAAGUGUAAUGCCAGACAACAGUGAAUGGGAAAAGAUGAGACAAUCUCUUCCUAUGCAGUGGUUACAUAGACCUCUUUUAGAGGGAAGACUGAGUUUGAAUUAUGAGUGUUUCAAAACAGAUUUUAAGGAACAAGAUAUAAAGACACUUCCCAGCCAUUUAUGUACUUCAGCAUUAUUGAGCAAAAUGAUCUUAGUUGCACUGAAAAAGGAAAUAGUCCUAGAAAAUAAUGAACUCGAGAAAAUAAUUGCAGAGCUACUGUAUUCACUGCAGUGGUGUGAAGAAUUAGACAAUCCUCCUAUUUUUCUAACUGGAUUUUGUGAAAUGCUUCAAAAAAUGAAUAUUACAUAUGAUAACUUACGUGUACUUGGUAAUACUUCUGGCCUUUUGCAGCUGUUAUUUAACAGAUCCAGAGAACAUGGCACACUUUGGUCUCUUAUUAUUGCUAAGUUGAUUAUUUCCCGAAGCAUUUCAUCUGAUGAAGUAAAACCACAUUAUAGGAGAAAAGAAAGUUUUUUCCCAUUAACUAAAGGCAAUUUGCAUACCAUUCAAAGUCUGUGUCCAUUUUUGUCAAAAGAAGAAAAGAAAGAAUUUAGCGCCCCAUGUGUACCUGCUCUUUUGGGCUGGACUAAGAAAGACCUUUGCAGUACUAAUGGAGGUUUUGGACAUCUUGCCAUUUUCAAUUCUUGUCUGCAAACAAAAAGCAUAGAUGAUGGAGAGCUAUUACAUGGUAUAAUAAAAAUUAUAAUGUCCUGGAAGAAAGAACAUGAAGAUAUUUUUCUUUUCAGUUGUAAUCUGUCAGAAGCAAGUCCCGAGGUUUUGGGUAUAAAUAUAGAAAUAAUCCGUUUCCUGUGCCUAUUUCUGAAAUAUUGCUCAUCUCCUUUGGCAGAGAGUGAAUGGGACUUCAUCAUGUGCUCCAUGUUGGCUUGGUUGGAGACAGCAAGUGAGAAUCAGGCAUUAUAUCCUCUUCCACUCGUGCAAUUGUUUGCCUGUGUCAGCUGUGAUUUGGCCUGUGACCUCAGUGCUUAUUUUGAUUCCACAACUCAGGAUACUGCUGGCAAGCUUCCUGUAAAUCUAAUCAGUGAAUGGAAAGAAUUUUUUUCUCAAGGCAUCCACAGUUUGCUUUUACCUAUUUUGGUGACUGUUACAGGAGAAAACAAAGACAUAUCUGAAACAUCCUUUCAGAAUGCAAUGCUGAAGCCCAUGUGUGAAACAUUAAAAUAUAUAUCAAAAGAUCAGCUUUUGAGUCACAAACUUCCUGUAAGAUUGGUUGCUGACCAAAAAACAAACUUGCCAGAAUAUCUCCAGACUUUGCUAAAUACAUUGGCCCCAUUACUCCUCUUCAGAGCUAGACCUGUGCAAAUUGCUGUUUAUCAUAUGUUAUACAAAUUGAUGCCUGAGUUACCACAAUAUGAUCAGGAUAAUCUAAAGUCCUAUGGAGAUGAAGAAGAAGAACCAGCCUUGUCACCACCAGCAGUGCUGAUGUCUCUUCUUAGCACUCAAGAGGAUUUAUUGGAAAAUGUUUUGGGGUGUGUUCCUGUUGGACAGAUAGUUACUAUUAAGCCGCUGAGUGAAGACUUCUAUUAUGUUCUGGGAUACCUCCUCACUUGGAAAUUAAUACUUACUUUUUUCAAAGCUGCUUCAUCUCAGCUUCGGGCUUUGUAUUCAAUGUACCUUCGGAAAACAAAGAGUUUAAAUAAAUUGCUUUAUCACCUGUUCAGGCUUAUGCCAGAAAACCCAACCUAUUCAGAGACAGCUAUUGAGGUCUCAAAUAAAGACCCUAAGACAUUCUUUACUGAGGAGCUCCAGCUAAGUAUUAGAGAAACAGCGACUCUUCCGUACCAUAUUCCACACUUGGCUUGUUCAGUCUAUCACAUGACAUUGAAAGACUUGCCUGCCAUGGUUAGGUUGUGGUGGAAUAGCAGCGAGAAGCGUGUUUUCAAUAUUGUAGAUAGAUUUACAAGCAAGUAUGUCAGCAGUGUUCUUUCUUUUCAAGAAAUAUCUUCUGUGCAAACAAGUACACAACUGUUUAAUGGCAUGACGGUUAAAGCUCGAGCUACUACUCGGGAAGUAAUGGCUACUUAUACUAUUGAGGACAUAGUCAUUGAACUUAUUAUACAGUUGCCUUCAAAUUACCCACUGGGUUCAAUAACGGUGGAAAGUGGGAAAAGAGUUGGAGUGGCUGUUCAGCAGUGGCGGAACUGGAUGCUGCAGCUGAGCACCUACCUCACCCAUCAGAAUGGAAGUAUAAUGGAAGGCUUAGCAUUGUGGAAAAAUAAUGUAGACAAACGUUUUGAGGGUGUUGAAGAUUGUAUGAUCUGUUUCUCAGUCAUUCAUGGUUUCAACUAUUCUCUUCCCAAAAAAGCCUGUAGAACCUGCAAGAAAAAGUUCCAUUCAGCCUGCUUGUACAAAUGGUUUACAUCUAGCAACAAAUCCACUUGUCCACUCUGUCGUGAGACCUUUUUCUGAGUUUUUUUCUCCCCAUUGGAAGCGGUUAUCCCUGAAGUAACUCAAGCAAAGGCAUUGGAUUCAGAUCCAUCAUAAAGUGCUCAUGUGUGGAAGCCAGUGAACAUUACUUUCCAAUAGGACCUUCUCUGGAAAAUUAUUUUGGUUAAUAUAAUAAUCCUGAAAUCAGGUUUGCUUAUCUUUAGAUUGCUUUGUAAAUGUUUAGAAACCUUUUCUUUUACAAAAUAAUAUUACAUACUUGAGAGAAAAUAUUUAUAUUAAUGGUUUAAUCUCUUUGUAUAUUGAAUAAAUAUGAAAAAACCCUAAAUUACAGAAUUGGAAUUUGUGAAAACAUUGUACAACUAUAUUAUAUUAUUAAACCCAUUCAGUUUGUUGA